AUGGUGGUUCCUGCAAACCAUGUCUUCCUUGUUGGGCCCAUCUCCUUCGUGGGUGAACACUGUCAAGAAAACAUUAUACUCCAGCUAGACGGGACGGUAGUUGCUCCGACGGAUCCCCAGGUUUGGGGUGGCGAGCAUUGGCUUCACUUCGACAAGCUGAGUCGCUUCACAUUGCAAGGAAGCGGAACCGUCGACGGCCGAGGCUCCGUUUGGUGGCGCCGCUCACAGUCUGAGGAUCUCAAUGAUGACCUUCUCGAUGUCGAUAAUGAUGCCGACGAUGGAAUGGACUCCGAGGACGCCGAUACACAGGCAAUGAGAUUCGAUCACUGUCUCAAUGUCACGUUCAGCGGCAUCAAGAUCCAGAACAGCCCCAACUUCCACCUCACGUUCGACCACUGCGUCGGCGUUCUCGUGCGCGACAUGAGCAUUUCGUCCCCGGGCGACAGUCCCAACACCGAUGGGAUCCACCUCGGGAACUCCCAAGACGUGACGAUCCACGAUGCUACUCUCGCCUGCGGGGACGACUGCAUUUCGAUCGUCAGCGGAUGUUCCAACAUUAACAUACACGACGUGCACUGCGGUCCGGGGCACGGGAUCAGCAUCGGAAGCCUAGGAAAAGACCACUCCAGAGCAUGUGUGCACAACAUCACCGUUCGAGACGUCGAUCUGCAAGGGACGAUGAACGGCGUUAGGAUAAAAUCGUGGCAGGGUGGGUCAGGAUCUGUUUAUGGAGUGAGGUUCUCGAACAUUCGAGUCUCCGAGGUCUGA